CCUGGGGGACCGGCUCGCCGAGGGGCGUGGGGAGGGCCUCGCCCAGAGGACGCGGGCGGGCGGACGGGCGGAGAAGGGGGCUGCGCUAAGGGGACCCGGGCCGUCGGAGGAUCCGGCUCCCCUGAGGGGGAAGGGAGCGGGCGGAAGAGAGGACCCAGGGGAGGGGGACGCAGACGGGCGGGCUGAAGAGAGGGCCCCGCCGAGGGGGAUGCGGACAGGCGGGCUGAGGAGAGGGACGCGGCGGGCAGAGGACCGCCCACGUUCUUAGAGGGAGACUCCGCGCCGACCAGGCCCCGCCCCGGAGCAGAGCACGUCCACGCAGGGCAGUAGUACGGUCUCCGCGAUCCUCGAGUGUUGUUGGUGUGAACGCAGAGAGCUCUCACCUUUCUCUGCUGAGUCCACCGAAGCCAACCUCGGAGGACCGGCCUUCUCGCCUAACGCCUGAUGAAGGCCUGCUUCUGGACUGUGGGCCCCGCAGUGGCCAGGACCUAAUGGAGCCUCCGUGGAAGAUGUGGCUUCUCAGGGAGGAUGCUGUGACCUAGGCGGUAAAACCUUACGGUUUUGUGACUUUUUGUAGGUCUGAGAGGCAUUGCUGAAGUAUGUGCGGGCGAACGUCCUGUCACUUGCCUAGAGAUGCUCUCACUAGAGCCUGUGCCUAUCUGGAUCGGCAGGGCAGGCGUCAGCUCCCGCAGUGGAGGGACCCUGAUAAGUACUGCCCCUCCUACAACAAGAGCCCGCAGUCUAGCAGCCCAGUGCUUCUCUCCAGACUGCACUUUGAAAAGGAUGCAGAUUCAUCAGAUCGGAUAAUUUUUCCCAUGCGAUGGGGCUUAGUCCCAUCUUGGUUCAAAGAAAGUGAUCCUUCCAAGCUGCAGUUCAACACUUCCAACUGCCGUAGUGAUACCAUAAUGGAGAAGCAGUCGUUCAAGGCUCCUCUGGGGAAAGGACGGCGGUGUGUUGUCUUAGCAGAUGGAUUCUACGAGUGGCAGCGAUGUCAGGGAACAAACCAGAGGCAGCCGUACUUCAUCUAUUUUCCUCAAAGCAAAACAGAGAAGUCAGGUGAGAACAGUGGUUCAGACAGCCUUAACAACAAGGAAGAGGUCUGGGACAACUGGAGGCUGCUGACAAUGGCAGGGAUCUUUGACUGUUGGGAACCCCCAAAGGGAGAGCGCCUGUAUUCCUACAGCAUCAUCACUGUGGAUUCCUGCAGAGGUCUGAGUGACAUCCACAGCAGGAGCCCAAGGCAAGUGGCAGUAGUCAAAGGAUGAUGCAAUGGCUGGCUACAAAGUCACCCAAAAAGGAAGUCCCUGACUCACCCAAAAAGGAUGCAUCAGGUCUACCCCAGUGGUCCAGCCAGUUUCUACAGAAGAGCCCAUUGCCGACUAAAAGAGGUGCCAGCAGCAGCCUCCUGGAUCGAUGGCUGAAGCAGGAGAAGGAGGAUGAGCCUGUGGCCAAGAGGCCAAACAGCUAGUGACAGAGUCCUCCAUACCAGGCCUCAGCCUGAUACAGUAUUACUGAUGCCACCAGCUGCCCGGAAUUGUAUCCAUUUACUUGGGAAGGUGGUGAUUCUGUCAGCUGACCUUUAUGGACCUAGAAGAACAAGUCUACUGUGAGACAGCCUAAGAGGGCUAGCUACCAUGGCUCCCUAUGGGCCCUGCUAUCCCUGGCUCCUUGCUAGAAGCUUUCCUGUCCCUCCUGUUCCACAAAGGAGGCUCUUCAAAAUCUCUGGGCUCUCCUUUAGAGUUAAGCUUUUUAAAUGUAUUUGUUCUAAAUAAAUUGCUUUUGAUAAACCUUGGCUGGCAAGAGUUCUGGCUCUUGCCCAGUCCUCCCUGA